AUGCCACCGCGCGAGGCCUGGUCGGCUGCGCACGACGAAGCCCUUCUCCGCGCCAUGGCCGUCCUCCUCCUCGCGAACCGGCGGGCUCUGUAUGGUACACCCGGCCUCGAGGGUGUCGCCGACCACGGAGGCGAGCGUAUCAAUAAGAAGAUCCAGGCGUUUGUGCGGCGUAUGGCCGCCGAUCACGCCAGUAUCGUGACAGAGGAGCUGGGCAAGCUGGGCCGGAAGCGGAAGGAGGAGGAGAAGGCCAAGGAGAAAGCGGAUGAGGAUGAGGUCAAGAAGGAGCCUGGGGUGGAGAAGGGACGUAAGAAGCGUAAGCUCUAG